AUGCCAAACUAGUGACGCGAUGAGAUGAAGGCUGUCCCAAUUCGAAGGCUGCUUGAAAUGCGGCCCUCAAAUGCGUCCACCAUUUCCCUGAAUUUUAAGGAUGUGGUGGUGUAGACUUCAUGGCCCAACAUAACCCAGACUUCAUAGCGUGGCGGUGGGUGUGGAUAAUUUUGCUGGAAAAAACGGUGGAAGCGGGGCGGCGAAAGAGUAAACUUUUAAAACUACUACACCACCAUCAUCUAUUCAAACGCCUGAAACUGUCACUCCACCAUCGUCACAAACGCCUGUGGCAGCGACGCCACCAUCAUGUGCUCGUCUUUCUGCAGCUGCUACGUCACCAUCACCUCACCUGCCUGCUGCGCCGUCAUCGUCUCCACCGCCAGCAGUCGCUAUGCCGCGGCAUGUGGAACCCGCUCAGCAGACCUGUCGGAGGUCUGCUUGCCCAGGGGACCCACUCAUUCUCAGCUGGAGAUCAGCGUGCUGGAGGAACCUGCUCAGCCGGAGCCGGAGGUCAGCGUGCCGGAGGGACCUGCUCAGCCGCAGCCGGAGGUCGCCACGAUGCCGGAGGGACCCACUCAGUCCAAGCUGGAGGUCAGUGCACCGGAGGGACCCGCUCAGUCCGAGCUGGAGGUCAGCGCGGGAAGCACGGCCUGCACGUCCGCAUCCAGCCACCACAUGCCAGCAAUCUACCAAGACCUAUAAUCACUGGCCACUUUCCAGGCCAAAAGCUAAGGAGCUGCAACACCGCCGUCGCUGGACCUGUGGCAGUCUGCCAGAACUGCUUCGUGGCCACUGGACCCGUGGUCGGCCACCAGAGUUGCAACGUCGCCGCUGGAGCAAAGAGCACCAGUCUACAGGCAUCAUCAGGCCUGGUGGGUGUGUUUAGCCUGAAGGCUGGCCACACCUGAGGGAGAGGAUCACACACCUGCAACUGAUCAGGAUCGUCGGGAGAGCUACAAAGCAGUGUGGCUGAGAGCUCCUGGACGUUGGAUUGUUGUGUGACUUCCCGAGGAUUUGCGGAAAUGAGGAAGCAGCGAACGGAUUGCACACAGGGAAUGGAGACACAGAGCACGGAGCAUGGGCAUAGGGAGAAGACAUGAAACGGGAGUCGGGAGCGCACAGGGAUUUAUUUUUAUUGUGUCCAUUGACUUCACUGUAAAUA